AUAGACAAUUAAAAGCAAUAAAGGGAAUCGCGCGAUUGGGGUCAGUUAGAGAGAGAGAGAGAGACGAACAAGUCGUGUCUGAGAAGAUUUUAGGAGAAGAAGACGAAGAAGAUGGAGAGUAUCUGGCGAAUCGCGACGGGCCAAGAUCCGAGCCGUGAAGAUUACGAAGGGAUCGAGUUCUGGUCAAACCCGGAGCGUUCUGGUUGGCUGACGAAGCAAGGCGAUUACAUCAAAACCUGGCGCCGCCGUUGGUUCGUUCUCAAACGAGGGAAGCUUCUCUGGUUCAAAGAUCAAGCCGCUGCUGGAAUUCGCGGAUCUACGCCGCGUGGUGUGAUCUCCGUCGGUGAUUGUCUCACCGUGAAAGGAGCUGAGGAUGUUGUCAACAAGCCUUUCGCGUUUGAGCUGUCUAGUGGUGGCUAUACCAUGUUCUUCAUCGCUGAUAACGAGAAGGAGAAAGAAGAGUGGAUUAAUUCGAUUGGAAGGUCGAUUGUGCAGCACUCGAGGUCUGUGACUGAUUCUGAGGUCCUCGAUUACGAUCACAGGCGGUGAUUUUUUUUUUUUUUUUUACUACUACUAUAUGUGUGAUUCUGUUGACGUCUCACUCUCUGGGCUUGCCUUCGGGGGUUUUCCUGGGAUGUAACACUCUCUUAUGGCUUUUAAAUUAUGAUGUUAUUGUACCUUUUGAUCGUGAUGUAUCUAUAUAUGUCUCUCAAGUUUCAAAAUCGUUUCUCUCUUUGUUUGUGA